AUGAAAGAAGACAGUGAAGAUGAAGUCCAGAGGAACAAGCAGUUAGUGUUGCAUACCCAACGUCCAGUCACGCAUCAAGCACAGCCAGAAGCAUUCUGCUCCCGUUUCAUCAACCCAGCAGACAUCUCUGCAGCCACAGAAGAUGAAGACAACGAAGAUUCUUCUCUCUCCGAAUACGAGUCGCUAGAGAGCACCGAAGAGUGGCAGGACGUCUCACCUCUUACCCCCACCGCAAAUGUGAGCCACACAGCCACACCUCCUUCACUCACUCCCACUAACUCCAAAACCCCCCAGCAGUCGCCUUCAUACCCCUUCCCAGGCACCUGGUCCGCCGCCCUGCAAGACUCCAACCACGCCAUCACGCAAGUCAGCAGCGCAACCUUCUCGUACGCCAGCGCCCUCGCGACCUCAGGCAUGGGCAAAGCAACCCUAAGCAUCAGCGCCGCCGCCCUCUCAACCACAAACAAGUACGCCGCCUCCCUCACCAGCUGGGGCCUCGCAAAGUCAGGGUUUAGCCACAACGAGCUGCCCACCCCGAUCUGCAAGUGGCUCACGAAGAAGGAAGAGGCGGACAAGAAGAGGAGCAAAGCGCGCAAGAAGAGUGAGCUGACCCAGCGCGAGUUUACGGAUGCGAAGGGCAGAUAUGUGCUUGAUAUGCAUGAUACGGAUGCUUCCGGCGACUUUGUACGUGGUGGGGAUAAGAGUGAGGGAAAGGUGAAGGAGGCAGAAGAGGAGAAGGGUUGGGGAGAGCAAGAGAUGAGGAGUGGUGGGCCUUUUGAUGAUCGGUUUGCGGUUGAAGAUAGUGAUGAGAGUGACAAUGAAGACGAGGGAGAUGCGGGAGAAGAUGACGGUCUGGUCAGAAUGUUUGAGUUUGAUGACUGA